GCUGGAGGUGGCAUCUCUAAGGUCAUCCAUCUUCCUGGGAUGCCACCUGUGUGGGGAGCGGGGAGGACUGUAAAUAACUGGGAGUGAAAUUGUUGGAAGGUAGCAUUUGAGGCAUGCAUCGUUGUGCAGAUGGGGAUGGUUUUGCUUCAUUCAGAUUUUGUGCAGGGAGAAUUUAAAUAAAGCUUAAUAAUAAUAUGACCAGCAAGGAAUAUGAGGACAUUUGCACCCAUUCUGUCUGCUCUUCCGAAUUAAAAUGAUGGCCAGAUUGGAAAUGGUAUUCGAGUAUCAUCAGAGAAAGGGAGAGAGGAGAUCUAGUUUAGCCCCUGUUCAGGGCAAGAUGAAAUUUUCCCUACCCAGGAAUCCCUUUCUCAGAAGGCUGGCAAGGUGACCAGAUGUAGCCACAAAGGAGGACAAGGCACUGCAAAAUAACACCGAACAACGGACCUUUGGAAAGUGUAACCUUCCACAUACACAGAAGCCUAGAGUCGUCAUCUCCCCACAAUGCAAAAAAAGACUUCAGAAGAAGGGACCGAAGAGGCACCAAUAGAGAAAAUUCCAGCUGCCAACAAGAAGGCAGUGAAUUUCCUCUCCCUCAUUGGGACAAAUGAGAUCAAGCCCUGCCUUUUUGAAGAAUCACUGAUUGCCAUCUCAGAGAACGGACAGACAAUUGGAAAAUUUUCAGUCUCAGUGAAAAUGACCUGCUAUUCACUCGAUGAAUGGGAGGAAGAAGACUGUUACCUAGUCCAUGCAACCAGCAAGGUGACAAUUGAUGGUGUACCUUGCACAACCACCAUUACAGGAUAUGUAACAAAGAGACUGGAGACUGUCGAGCAGCAUACAAAGGAAAGUGUGAGGUUUAGGGAGCAUCCUGUGGAAACUAGGACCCAUCUGAUGAAGCGCCAAGAUCAACUUUUUGUGAGGAAAGCCAUAGUGGAAAGAGAUGAAGAGAUCCAGGUUGACACCUUCUCUUAUAAGUGCUCACAACUCCAAGGCCUCGUCUCAGAGUCUGCCAACCUCCUGGUGCUGCGGGUGAUGGCCCGGAGGCAGGUUGUGCCAGAGAAUGCCGUCUUCCUCUCAUUUGACACUGAGCAGCACAUCUGUACCUCCACCUAUAAUACCCUGGGUUUCCAGAAGCAGCAAGUGGGCAAAGAGGAGGUGGAUGUGUUUGUGAUCGAGAGAGCUGUGAACUCUGUGAAUGAUAUCCCCCUGAACUGGCAGUUCUACUUCCUGUCUGAUGGGCAUUUGUCUCGACGUGUCCAGGUUGGAUCCCCAGUCACCAUGGUGAUCCUGCAGAUGCCUAUUCUGAUUGAAACAGAUGAACCAGACCCUCGUCCAGUAUUUGGAAAAAUACCCCUAGACUGGGAAGAAGAUAUGGAGCUGUAUUCCAUGUUCUUAGACAGAAAGGAAGAGCUGCAAGCCAGCCAUGCUACUUAUGUGCGACGGCAUCCAGAGCUCACUGCCUUGCUGGCAGACUUUCUACAGCUGCUCCUCCUUCGCAAGCCUGAUGAUGUAGUCACCUUUGCUGCUGAAUUCUUUGCCCCAUUUUCAGCCCAGAACCCACCAUGCAGGUCAUUUCAGUCAUCUGACAAACCCAGUCCCUUUCGCAGCCACGUCUAAAUUAUCCUAGUGGAAUAAUAAAAAUCCAGGGAUUGGAAUGAAUGCCCUUGAAGCUUUGGGAAACUGUUUGCUGGGAGGCUGCUUACCCAAGUGGCAUUGUACAUGACUACUCUUGUACCAUGGGUUGCAAGAUUUAGUUUUGUCCAUAGUGGGCUUCUCCAGAUGUGGCAUACAUGUCAGGUGUUGCAGUAUUUGUUGUUGUAGUUCCUGGGAUUUUUUAAAGAACCUUCCUGUUGUUCCAGACUAUUUCCUAACAAUUCCUGGUACAUGCUGCAACAUUUUAUUACCACUCUCAAGUGGCUUUCUUUCUAAUUCUGAAAUAUACUGGGGUGGUCUUCUUUUUCCCCUCUUUCUUAUUAAUUCCCCCCCCCCCCUUCAAGUUGUAGUGCAUAAGUGAAAUUGCACUUUUGCACUAUAAUUCUGAGGGAAAAAUUCCAAAAGUGAGGGAAGGUUUAAAGAUGAUCUCUGGUUUUUUGUUUUUUUUAAAAAACCCUUUGGAACAGCCCUAGAGAGGAUCCAAAAAAUUGCUACAGCCACCAAAGAAAAUAGAACUAAUGCACACAGAGAAAGUACAGAAUCAUAAGACAACAGUCAGCCAAACGCAAGCAUCUGUAUCAUGAGAAUGUCUCUAAAAGCCAAUCUGGAAGAACCAACUCUUCUCAAAAUGAUGUUAGGUGUAUUGUUCUAAGUUCAAACUGCUAAGAUAUCCAUGCAGAAACACAGCUGACCUAUGGUAGAAGUCCACAGGAAUGUAACAUUUUAGAUCACAAAUGUCCUUGGGGUGGGGGGACUGAAAAAUCAAAUUUGAAAACAAAAUUUCAGAUUAAUUUAUCAUAUUGAUUUUAACAAUUAAGAUGCAGCCUCCUCUAUUAUUUACAAUAAUAAAGGAAUCCUUUGUGGGAAGUAAACAAAAAA